AUGGUCUACGCAGCCGGCGCAACGCACUACCACCGCCUCCCCGCCAUGCGAAGUCUCUUCAAACCGCUUCUCCGGUCCCUGAUCCGAAAAAUGCUCCGCCGUGAGGUCUGGGCAUACUGGUACCCGACCUCUCAGUCCGGGAGCAGGGUCGAUCCGGAUAUCAAGGAGCUGCGGAAGCCGUGGGCGGGCCCGAUUGUGCGGGAGAAUAUCAUAUACAGCGGGCAUCUUUUGUUGAUGACGAGUCUUUUUGAGAUGCUGUUUGAUGAUGGGGAGUUCGUUGUGAAGGGGAGUCUGGGGCAUAGUUGGGAUCCGUUUUUUUGGGGGGUUUGGGGCUGA